AUGCAGUAUUUGUUUUUACUUUUUUUUACAAUAACUGGUAUUUAUUUAUGUGCCUGUAAAAAAGCUACAACAUGGUAUAAUUUUAUUAUAACAAACAAAAGGGGCAUAAAAAAAUAUAAAAAUAAAAUAAAAUUUACUGAUCAUGAUUAUCAGAAACAGAAUAUACAUAUUCCCUCUUUGUUAUUAUCAAAAAGAAUAAUAUUUUUAUCUUCACCAAUAUAUCCUCAUAUAUCAGAACAAAUUAUUUCUCAGUUGUUAUAUUUAGAAUAUGAAUCCAAAAGGAAGCCAAUUCAUUUAUACAUUAACAGUACAGGUGAUUUAGAAAACAAUAAAAUAGUAAACUUAAAUGGAAUAUCAGACGUAAUAUCAAUAGUUGAUGUAAUAAAUUACAUAUCAUCAGAUGUGUAUACAUACUGUUUAGGUAAAGCAUAUGGGAUUUCGUGUAUGCUAGCUUGUAGUGGAAAAAAAGGCUAUCGUUUUUCAUUAAAAAACUCUUCCUUUUGUUUAAAGCAGUCUUAUUCUGUUAUACCAUUUAACCAAGCUACAAAUAUAGAAAUUCAAAAUAAAGAAAUAAUGAACACGAAAAAAAAAGUCAUAGAGAUAAUUGCAAAAAAUACAGAAAAAGAUCAAACUAUCAUUUCAGAAAUAUUAGAAAGAGAUAGGUAUUUUAAUGCAAACGAAGCUGUUGAUUUUAACUUAGUUGACUAUAUUCUUGAAAAGGAAUAA